UAGCAUCAACUAUAUUAGCUUUCAAGUGCCAUUUUGUUGAUUCAAGACCUCGCUUCAUUACGGUAUUGAAUUUAUAGAUCUGCAACUCAAGAAACUGUCAGUUAUCAGUCAUUUCAAAUAUUGUUCAUGAAAACAGUACGUGCGUUUAGUUUCCGAAACGCGUUCAUUCGAGUCGGUUGCAACAUAGUCUACAGUAUUUGUAAUAAAUAAACUGUGCACCUUUCACUAAAAUAAAAACUUCCUGCAUCAACUGUCAAUAGCGGAAGUUAAGUAAAAAUGCACUUUCAUUCUCAACAAAGGUUGGAGGAUCAAUGAUAUUUCAAGCAUAUUUCUUACCUCUAAUUACGUUUUUGUUGCGUUGUUCACUUAUCUAUGCGACAUGUACAGUCUCCCUGCAAACUAAGUAUUACAAAACUGUUAAGUAAUCAACGUGGACUGACACACAACAGCUUUCCUGUCACCAACAAAUUAUAAAUCAUCGAGCAAUGAGAAAGCGCACGACGAGAACCAGAGAUUUCAAAGACCAGAAAGGAUGCCUGCUAUUUCGCGCUACGGACUUUGCGUCUCUAAUGCGUCCUAUCAUGUUUUUCUCGGGGAUAUUCGGCUUUUUUCCAUGCAACUAUAAAUCCGAAGAAUACGUGUUCUCGAAGAAAAAAUUCGUCUACUCGAUAAUCAUAAUCUGUCUUCAUUUGGUUCUCCAAGUCCAUAACUUUUUAUUAAUCAAUUUUUUCGACACGAGCAGCCCCUUAACGCAAUCAAUGCCGGAGAACUUCUUCGUUCUCUUGGACGGAUCUUUACCUCUGCUUCUGUUCGCAGCACCGUUCUCAAUGAUAGCCAUGUUCGAGCAGUUGUCGAAGGUCUCACGCACAUUGUCGCGCCCGGAUUACAGUGCCAUGGCGAAAGUAAUUCACACGGUUUACAUCGUGAACAUUGUUUACUACGUGAUUUCUACACCGAUAAAUUAUUGGUCGGUUAUGAAUUUACCUGUGCGGCGACGUUUGGUUAAUUUGUACCUGGCGAUGUCAUCGACAAUGACGGUAAUGUGCUACGUGAGCUGCGUAAGUGUUUUGGGCGCGUGCUUCCAGAAACUUAACGAAAAUCUGAAACAGUUGAAUGGAUCUUCGCGGGAACUUCGCACGGAAUUGGCAGAGAAGCAGUUGUCACAAAGACGAAGUACCAUGUUGUUGACGAAGGUGAAAUAUUACGAGGAGGUGCACGAGAAAAUCAGCGACGGUAUCGAACACCUGAAUACAUUGUUUCGCACGAUGAACAUUAUUUUUACGACUACCACUUUCAUUUUGGUCACUUUCACUCUGUACAAUGUGUUCACGGUAUGGUAUGCCAGUGACGGUGUAAGAACGACGAGUGACAUGCUUUUCCUAUUUGAUGGAUUGUCAUAUACGGUAUUAAAGUUUGGGUUGUUCUGUCUAAAGAUCUGGUUCUGCGAGACUGCCGCAAACCAUGCGACGGAGAUCACUACCACGAUUCAUGAUUGCGUCAGCAGCUGUGCUGAUGAUACUGUCAAGCGCGAGUUGAAGUGCUUUGCCCUGCAAGUUAUGCACAGAGAUAUUAGGUUCACGACGAAAGCGUUCGACAUUAAUGGGAAGCUUCUAUCGCAGAUUCUGAGUGCAAUAUUCACGUACAUGAUGAUACUCUAUCAAUUUUUAACGGGAUCCAAUUGCACCAACUAACCGCUGCGUUCGCGCGACGAUCGACACAUUUUUCUGAACAUACACAAUUUCGUGUGGCACGUUAGCCUGAUCAGAGGUUUGACAGCCACCGGGAGGCAACAGGGAAGAGAUUGGGAAUUUUUAUGUUAAAUACAAUUUCGUUACCUGAAUUUCAUGAAACAGCAAUAAAGUCGACAUCUGUUUCACGUUA